GCCCUCGGAGCGGGCGGCGGCGCGAUGGCGCGGGUGGCGGCGGCCCCGGGGCGGCGGGCGGCGCGGAGGGCAGGCUGAGCGCAUGGAGCGGCGCGGGCCGGGGGCCGCCACGGCGAGGGGCCGGGCCGGGCCGGGCGGAGCCAGAGCAGCUGAGUUCCAGAUAAACACUGUCAGACCCGGCCUGUAGGCUGCUCCAUUGCCAAUGAACUCCAUGAACCCCAUGAAACCUGCCCUGCCCCCCGCGCCACACGGUGAUGGUUCAUUCGCGUACGAGUCUGUGCCUUGGCAACAAAGCGCCACUCAGCCGGCUGGAUCACUGUCCGUGGUCACUACUGUGUGGGGAGUUGGCAACGCGACGCAGAGCCAGGUUUUGGGGAACCCCAUGGGCCCUGCAGGGAGUCCCUCUGGUGGCUCCAUGAUGCCUGGUGUGGCAGGGGGCAGCUCCGCCUUGACCUCCCCACAGUGCCUGGGACAGCAGGCGUUUGCUGAAGGUGGCGCCAACAAGGGCUACGUGCAGCAAGGCGUGUACAGCCGCGGGGGCUACCCUGGGGCCCCCGGCUUCACCACCGGGUAUGCAGGCGGACCGGGGGGCCUGGGCCUCCCCUCACACGCUGCAAGACCCUCCACCGACUUCACGCAAGCAGCAGCCGCUGCUGCAGUGGCUGCUGCUGCAGCCACUGCCACCGCCACCGCCACAGCCACUGUGGCUGCUCUCCAGGAGAAGCAGAGCCAGGAGCUGAGCCAGUAUGGAGCGAUGGGGGCCGGACAGUCUUUUAACAGCCAGUUUCUGCAGCAUGGAGGUCCCCGGGGGCCUAGUGUCCCCACUGGCAUGAACCCUACUGGCAUAGGAGGGGUGAUGGGCCCCUCCGGCCUCUCCCCUAUGGCUAUGAAUCCCACCCGGGCAGCAGGAAUGGCACCCUUGUAUGCAGGGCAGCGCCUGCCUCAACAUGGGUAUCCUGGGCCUCCCCAGGCCCAGCCACUGCCCCGACAGGGGGUCAAGAGAACCUACUCUGAGGUGUAUCCAGGGCAGCAGUAUCUGCAAGGAGGCCAGUACGCAACCAGCACCGCCCAGUUUGCGCCCAGCCCCGGGCAGCCCCCUGCCCCCUCCCCCUCCUACCCUGGGCACAGGCUGCCCCUGCAGCAGGGCAUGAGCCAGUCCCUGUCUGUGCCCGGCCCCACGGGACUGCAUUACAAGCCCACAGAGCAGUUCAACGGGCAGGGCACCAGCUUCAACGGGGGCAGCGUCGGCUACAGCCAGCCCGGCCUGAGUGGGCCUGCCCGUUCCAUCCCGGGCUAUCCCAGUUCCCCACUGCCAGGGAACCCCACACCACCCAUGACCCCAAGCAGCAGCGUCCCUUACAUGUCACCAAGCCAAGAGGUCAAGUCUCCCUUCUUGCCUGAUCUCAAGCCCAGCCUCAACUCCUUGCAUUCAUCGCCCUCUGGAAGCGGGCCUUGUGAGGAGCUGCGGCUGACCUUCCCUGUGCGCGAUGGGGUGGUCCUGGAGCCCUUCCGCCUGCAGCACAACCUAGCUGUGAGCAACCAUGUCUUCCAGCUGCGAGACUCAGUCUACAAGACCCUGAUGCUGAGGCCUGACCUGGAGCUGCAGUUCAAGUGCUACCACCACGAGGAUCGGCAGAUGAACACCAACUGGCCAGCCUCGGUGCAGGUCAGCGUCAACGCCACACCACUCACCAUUGAGCGCGGCGACAACAAGACCUCGCACAAGCCGCUCUACCUGAAGCAUGUGUGCCAGCCAGGCCGCAACACCAUCCAGAUCACCGUCACCGCCUGCUGCUGCUCCCACCUCUUUGUGCUGCAGCUAGUGCACCGCCCGUCGGUCCGCUCGGUGCUGCAGGGCCUCCUCAAGAAGCGCCUCCUACCUGCUGAGCACUGCAUCACCAAGAUAAAGCGGAACUUCAGCAGCGGCACCAUCCCUGGCACCCCUGGGCCCAACGGAGAGGACGGGGUGGAGCAGACAGCUAUCAAGGUGUCCCUGAAGUGCCCCAUCACCUUCCGCAGGAUCCAGCUGCCUGCCCGAGGUCAUGACUGUCGCCACAUACAGUGCUUUGACCUGGAGUCAUACCUGCAGCUCAACUGUGAGCGGGGGACCUGGAGGUGCCCUGUGUGCAACAAGACAGCUUUGCUAGAGGGCCUGGAGGUGGACCAGUACAUGCUGGGUAUCCUGAUUUACAUUCAGAACUCUGACUAUGAGGAGAUCACCAUCGACCCCACAUGCAGCUGGAAGCCAGUGCCCGUAAAGCCUGACAUGCACAUCAAGGAGGAGCCGGACGGGCCGGCCCUGAAGCGCUGCCGCACCGUGAGCCCUGCCCACGUGCUCAUGCCCAGCGUGAUGGAGAUGAUCGCCGCCCUGGGCCCUGGCGCUGCCCCCUUUGCCCCCCUGCAGCCCCCCUCAGUCCCUGCCCCCAGCGACUACCCUGGCCAGGGUUCCAGCUUCCUGGGGCCUGGAACUUUCCCUGAGUCCUUCCCACCCACCACGCCCAGCACCCCAACCCUUGCUGAGUUCACCCCGGGGCCACCCCCCAUCUCCUACCAGUCUGACAUUCCCAGCAGUCUCCUGACUCCAGAGAAGUCUGCUGCCUGCCUCCCAGGCCAGGUGGCACCAGCAGGUCACCUGGACCCCACUCACAAUCCUGGGACACCAGGACUGCACACCUCCAACCUUGGGGCCCCUCCAGGUCCCCAGCUGCACCAUUCAAACCCUCCCCCAGUGUCCCGGCAGCCUUUGGGCCAAGCGAGCUUAGGGCCCACAGGCGAACUGGCCUUCAGUCCUGCUGCAGGUGUGAUGGGGCCCCCCAGCAUGUCUGGAGCUGGGGAGGCCCCGGAACCAGCUCUGGAUCUGCUCCCAGAACUGACCAACCCCGAUGAGCUACUGUCCUACUUGGGCCCGCCCGACCUCCCUACGAACAACAAUGACGACCUGCUGUCCCUGUUUGAGAACAACUGAUCCUGUGUUUACCCCAGGCCCAGGGGGGACACGCUCACAGAUGUCACCACAGCCCUGCCCUUAAUGCCCAGCCCCAUGGGACACCCGGUGGUCUUCCCCAAACCUCCCCCAAAACACACCUGGAGCCAGAGCCUUCUGCCGCCAGCCCUGCCCCUGAAUUGGAAGCAGCCCUGUGCUCAGUUGGAGGGGCUCCUAAGCCGGCAGCCCUUGCCACCUCCCUCUACCAAGCCUGCUGCUGCAGAACGGUUUUUGCUGAGGUGCCCCUGCCCAGCCCUGCUCAGCCCUGUCCACACACACACCUCACACCCCUGGUCUCACUGCCUCGCACCUUGUCCUCCCACCUCUGCCUGCCCCCACCCAGCCUGCUUCUUGUCCAGUGUUGAUCCUUCUGUUUCAACUCCUCUACUCGGCAGAGCUGGGCAUCUGGCAGGGCUGGCUCUGUCCCCUGGGCCUCUGGCUCCAAUGGCCCCUGUGCCUGGCAGUCCAGCUCUUGGAACCUGGCUGAAUGGCAGCCUCUUGGGGGCCUGGAGCUCUGGCAGCCCAGCCUUGUGUGGUGUCGGGUUCCCCUCCCCACCCUGGCUUCAGGCAGAGGCCUCAGGGUGGGGGAGCUACAAAGCACAACAAUGUACAUAGUGUAGAAACACUAACAGCUGGGAGAGGGGAGCCAGCUGUCCAGCCAGCAUGUUCCUGUUGUACAGCCCGGUCUCCCUGUGUGCUCUGCUCCUUCUUGUGUGCAGACAGAUCAGGGAGGAACCUCCGGUGGGUAGGGGACAGCGAGCUUCAGCCUGGCCGAGGUGGGUGGGUGGGCUCUCAGAUUCAGCUCUGUGUAAAAAUUCUCUAGCGGGCUGUUCUCCCAAGUUCCCCUUCUCCGUGAAAGUGAAGAAUUAGUACAGCUGUGUUUUUUCAAGCCACCUCUCUGUCUCCAACCCCAUGGGUCCACACCCAGGUGGGGGAGGAGGGAGCCACUGCAUCUGUUGGCUCAGGGCCGAGCCUGUGCCUGUGUGAGCAGGGUGCCUGGGCUGUUGUGUCUCCUGUCUGUGCUGAUCUCUAUUAAAGGACUCCCUCUUGGUGGGCC